UCCACUUCGCUCAGUUGGAAAUCGAAGCUCGCGCCGCACGAAUCCGCGGAAUUUGGGAGUCCAAUCCGCGAGUUGAACGCGGAUUUUGAUUUGUCGCCGUUGUCGUGGCUUUUUAAUUCAAUUGACGAUUUCGAGCCGCGAGCUCCAAACUGCGAUCUCCUCCGCGUGGCUGCCCAGUGUCACACCUGUGCGAGCAGCUUGGGCAACCGAAAAUUCGACGGCGACAAACCAUGAAUACACAAGGAAAUGUUGCAUAAACGAAGGUUAGUCCCGCUCGCGUAAAAGGGAAAGAGAGUUCGACUUUUCGACUUUUCGGAUUUAAGCCUGCCCACGUCAACGGGGCGGAUACAAAGUCUACAUGUGUCACAACAGCAACAUCGGCAUCAGCAAGUAAUUGAAGUGCUGCGCGGCGGCAAUUGAAGGGGCAGCAAUUAACAAAGACCACUGCAACUUAGAGGAAUAGUGGAAAAUCACUUGUGUAUUCAAAAGACAUUUAGCUCCUGCAACAAAAUGAAGAACCGCCAGCGGCCGCGCCGAAUAUCGCUAAAUGAAAACCACAACAAAUACUCGGGCAGCGGCAACAUCGAUGUACAAAUAUUUACCAAUACAAAGGAGCCCAAUCAAGUCAAUUUAAAUUCAUCGUCAAAGCUGCUGACAACUACAGUAACGACGACCUCAGCGGAGGCUGUGGCUGCUGCUGUGGCUACUUCUCCGUCUGCUUCUCCGGCUGCUUCUGCUCAUCCCGCUCAUCCAGCUCCGCUUCCAGUUGCUCAGAUAGCGCAGCCCACGACGGGAAUGACGGGGAAGUGCCUGCCGCCGCAAGCCAAGCUGCGGAAAUCCAAAUCGACACCGAGUCUCAACUUCGAAGGCAGCCAGCCCAUGGCGGAGGAGCCCCACUGUCACCGCGUUUCCCCCUUUCCACGGGACCCCGAUCCACCGGAGUCACUGCGCUUCGGCUGUGCCCACUACAAGCGACGGGCCAUGUUUGUGACUCCCUGCUGCAACAAGUUCUACAAAUGCCGAUUUUGCCAUGACGAGAACGAGACGCACCACUUCGACCGCAAAACACUCACGGAGCUGAUCUGCUCCGAGUGCAACACGCGGCAAACAGUUCGCGAGCAGUGCGAGAACUGCGGAGUUCGGUUUGGAAAGUAUACUUGUCUGAUCUGCAACCUCUUCGACGACGCGGACAAGCAGCAGUACCACUGCCAUGGGUGCGGAAUCUGCCGGAUCGGCGGAGCGGAGAACUUCUUCCACUGCGAGGUCUGCAACAUGUGUCUGCCCAUCCAGCUGAAGAUCGAUGGCCACAGGUGCGUGGAGAACAUCUCGAGGUCCCACUGUCCGGUGUGCCUGGGCGACAUCCACACCUCGCGCAUCCCCUGCCACAUCCCCGACUGCGGCCACCUGCUGCACAAGAUGUGCUUCGACCAGCUCCUGGCCUCCGGCCACUACACCUGUCCCACCUGCCAGACCUCGCUGAUCGACAUGACCGCCCUGUGGGAGUACCUCGACGACCAGGCCCUGCGCAUGCCCGUGCCCCUCAAGUACGAGAACCAGAGGGUGCACAUCUUCUGCAACGAUUGUCACAAGACUUCGAAAACCAAAUUCCAUUUCAUUGGGCUCAAAUGCAUGCAUUGCGGUGCGUAUAAUACGACGCAGGAUGUGAAGCGUCGCCUCUCCCUGGUCACCGAUGAGCCAUCCUCGGCGUGAUGUCCACCGAUCCACAGCACAUCCGCAUCAGAAGCAGCAUCCACAUCCACAUUCGCAUCAGCAACAGCAACAGGAAAUCUCUUGCCAUGCUACCCACACGUUAAGAAACUUAUUUGUUACCUAAACACAACACAACUGAAAUCGAAACGCAUUGAAUUUAGACCAAAUUCGAGCUGGUAUCGAAUAUAAACAAAGCAACUACAAACAAAAGGCUCCCCAAUCAUUCGGGUGUGCUCUCGAAACCCCUGGAGACUUAAAAGUAUUAAAUAGGGAAGUGGAAUAGUUAGUUUCAAUAUUGUGAUAGGCAUGUAACAAAAAUGUAUCCUAAUUGAGUUUUUAAAUCUCUAGGGGGUUCAACAGCCCCAACAUUUUAUACACAUUACACAUUGGUUUAUACAAAAUUUCACUCGAAUUUUUAAGUAUUGUAUCUGCAAAAAUCUUUUUAUGUAAAUCUCGAAUUUCCCCGCGCAAAUUACAUUUUAGAAAAGAACCUCUUUAAACUCCUUAAAAUCCGUUACGUAUGAAUUCUCAAUAAAAAACGAGAACGAAAACAA